ACCAGUGCGCAAAACGUCAUUGUCACAUUUGUUUUGCACUAUUUUUUAAUCGCAUUUUCCCUAAAACUGUUGUAAUUCUGGUGUUUUUUAUAGUUUAUCAAUUUCUAAAGUGCUAUUUUAAUGGAUUGUACAGUUUUGUGAAAAAAAUUGAAUAGAAAUAAUACGACUUCCGGGUUUGCGUAAGAAUAAAGUGUUGGUGGAUGUUCUUAUCGAAAUUGUGAUUAAAUUGUUAGUUUUAUUAUACCACAAUGGAUUACGUGACUACUCUGAAGCUUUUAGUAAUCGGAGAAAGUGGUGUUGGCAAAUCUAGCAUAAUCCUAGCGUUUACAACAGGUGACUACAAUGCACAGUUUCCCGCAACUAUCGGUGUCGAUUAUAAAGUGAAGACGAUGGAAGUGAAUGGAGUUAAGGUAAAACUAGGGAUCUGGGACACAGCGGGACAGGAGCGGUACAGAACUCUGACCUCCAGUUUUUACAGAGACGCACACGGAGCGAUUCUCGUUUAUGAUGUAUCAGACCCUAAGACGUUGGACAAGCUAAAGGAAUGGGUGGAGGAGCUGCAAGUAUACUCAACUAAGAAGAAUAUCGUCUGCCUAGUUGUUGGGAACAAGAUUGAUAAGGCUCGGGCUGUGAGUAGGGAAGCUGGACAGGCAUUUGCUAUGAAACAUAGAAUGCUCUUUAUAGAGAGCAGUGCAAAGACAAAAGAAGGCAUAACUUUGGCAUUUGAAGAACUCGUACAGAAGAUAAUUGAAACCCCUGGCCUCUGGGAGACUGGUGGCUCAUCCUCCAACAUUCGCAUAUCAAACGAGGAGAGAAGGCAACAGGAAUCAUCCUGCUAUGACUACACUUGUACUAUAUAAUAUUAUAUGCUGUACAUAUGUAUUACUUUUAUAAUAAUGUGGAUUAGUGUAUCUAUAAUCUAAGAAAAAAAGGCGAUUUUGUCUAAGUGAUAUAGGAACGGGUGUUUAUUAAUUUCUAAUUAAAAAAAAGGUAUUUUACCAGUUAGGUAAAAUAAAAAAAAUAUAUCCGUGGACCGUAUUGACGUCUGCAAAGACUUCUCUUUCUUUCUUCCACUUCUCCCGAUCUUGGGCUUUCUAAAGAGAAAGACAUCUUGUAAAGAGAAAAACAUCUUUUAAAGCCAAGAUGUUAAAAGUUUCAGACCUCACCGCUGCCAUUGAGCGAGCGAGGACAACUUAUGUAGAGCUGUAUUUGUCAUCUCGUUUGAAAAGAGUGAUUAAAACGCCGAAGCACCUUUUGUUAGUUUAUGAGCCAUGUCAGGUCCUUUGGUGGCUUAAUAGUAACCCUGGUUGAUUAGGUUGGUACCCUCACAACCCACACGAGAGAAGAAGUUUAUGAUAGCCUCGUGGGGGUAAAAAACGUGUUCGUCUUUUAAACGUUCUAAAACGUUCAUCUAAAUAGCAAUAUUGAAAUUUGAUACUUGCUGCGCGUAAUAAAAGUAAGUGCGCAACGUCAACAAAAUGUCAAAUAGCAAUAUUGCUUUUUUUAUACAUAAAUAUUAUAUGAAUUGCUUCAAUAUGGCGUUUUUAACCUUCCUGUUCUUAUUUUUCUUAGACAAUAUCACCGAAAGGUUUUCUCUUUCAACCAGAUUUCAAGAAUAAGUCUUUAGAAAUAUUUCCUGUUUUACCUCCUUUAUAGUUAAUAUUAGGGUUCCGUAACAAAUUGUUAAGAACCCUUAGCGACUAUAUACGUUUCUGUUUUAUAUUCUUGAGCACGGUAAAGAGAACCUUAAAUAAAUUUAAUUGAACUUGUCUAGUGGAAAGACGCAUCGACAGAUUAUAGCUACAAUAUUUUACAAAUUACCAAAAAUAUAUAAAAAUUGUGCAUCCAAAAUUACAUAAGGGCGUCAUGACACCCCGGACACUUCAUACAAAACACCUCGUUUUACUCCGACGACACUACACAUUGACGUUAUCGUACACGCGCAUCUGUGUGUGUGUCGUCUGUCGCUAUACGAUUGAAGACUAAAGUAAUACCGAGGGAAGCUCAGCCGCUGGUGGGGAGCGGAGAGUUGCCGUGUAUUUAUCAUUAUUCUUUAUUGUAUGCUAUAAUUGUAUAUGCGACUUUUAUAAUGCUUGGCAUUAGUCUGAAGAAAAAAAAACCUAUACUUAGUCAAUAUUUAGUUAAAUAUUUUUAGUACAGUUACCAAUAUACAAUAGUACAAUGAAAUAUAGUGUUUGUACUUAAAAUACCUUGUGCUAUAGUAAAGUACAUCAUCUUGUUUAUCCUGUUUUUAUUCCGGGGUACUCAGUUGCGCGGCGCGAAUUAUAUCGAAGGCUUCCACCAAUGGGAGCAGCGAAUGCUAUCUACGUAGAUAGACAUCGUACGGCUAUUGGUCGAAGCCCUCGACAUAAUUAGCGCCGCGCGCGUCGUGGUUGUCGUGCAGACUCUGAAGAUAUUAAGAGGUGUGGUUUUCACAGAAACGAUGGACAAUCUGCUGUAAUAAAAUAGAUAUAAAAUAAAAUAAAUGUUAAAUUGAUCCAACAAAGUUAUCCAUAUCCAUGCUAUCUAAUUACCUUGAGUAAAUAUGAUUCUGAUUUCUGGCAAUAAUUUACUGUUGCAGAUUAUAAAUUAAAUAAAACAUAAAAGUUUUUAUUUUAUUUGUGGAAUUUUCUUUUUCGUAACUACCUAAUACGAAUUGUACAAACAUUAUUUUGCAAAGUAAAAUUUUAAGAGUUGAAUACCUAGCUUAUUUUGUACGUAACUCAUUUAUUUGUAUAAGUAGUGUGAAGGGGCAAUAGAAAAGAACAUUUUAACUAGUUUUUUUCUUCAGAUACAUGUCAUCGUAUAUUUAGUAAUGUGAUAUAAUAUAUUAUGUUGUAUGAUGCUUGCUUUUGUAAAUACACAAUUAUUACAAAAAUAUUUUAGCAAUAUCGUUGAUAUUUUAUUCAUUUUGUGUUUGUAAACCAGUGUAAAAUAUAUGGGCUUAACAGGACCAAAAUAUAAAGGUAGCUUUUAUGAA